CCCCUGGGCGUUGGGCUCCUCCUGAGGGAUCUAAAAGCCCUGGAGGGAGGGGAUGAUGGGGAGGGGAGCUGUCACAUCCCUCCCUGGGCCGCCUGGCGUAGGGCUGCCCUCUUUCGGGGGGCAGUGCCUGCUGCCGUGGGGGAAGAACUUUCUGUACGUUGAGCCAUGUAAGAGAGUUAAAGAGAUCCUUGAAGAAGAGCUCUGUUUUUGGAAAGAAGAAUGCCACAUUAGGCAUCCAGCUGCAGCGGCUCUGAAAGGAAUUUGGAGUGUGAAAAAGAAUUUCUCCAUCGGAGGCCUGCAACCAGCAUCGCAGAGCAGAAAUGGCUUACUUUUACAACCUCAGUUCUACUCAAGGCAUGUAGGAAUGAAAAUUUUCUCUGUUGCAGAGUGAUUCUAAGUUCCAGCAGAAAAUCAUAACGUAGUUGAAGAGAUGCCUUAACUUUUCUUAACAUGCAUUAAGCUGAGCAAUUCCUGGGCCAAGAGUUUGUGAUUCAGUAAUCGAGCUCAACUUAAUAAAAGUUUAACAUAAAUAA